GACGUUACGCACGGCACGUCACUCAGUCGGUUACAGCUCUCGAUAGCUAGCGAACCGUACGCGCGGCGCACACGUGCCCGUAUCUAAACCACGCCGCUCUCGGUGCCUUUGCCCGCUUCCCAUUAUUAUGUAAUACAAAAAUAAACCACGACAUUUAACGAGCACGUGUGCGCACCGGUCGUCGUACGUCCCCAUCCAACAAUCAAGGAUUUCCGACUCUACAUCAACACACCAAUUUUCGUCUAAACCCACGUUUCGGACAAAGUGUAUCCAGUAUUCCUGUGUUUGUGGUUGUGAAAUCAAAUGAAAUGUCUAACUCUGUGGAGCAACAGUUUGGCGAGCUCAGCCUUUCCCAGGACGAGCAUGAUCAAAUGUACGAUCAAGAUGAUCAGCAAGACAGCCGAUCCUCUAAAGUGCUGAUCAGCGGGCUGCCACUGCACGUUCGCUUCGACAACAUCGAGCCUCUUUUACUACAGUACGGCAACGUGCAGCAUUGCGAUAAGGCGAACGCGCGCGAUGCCAACACCCAAGCGGUGUACAUCACGUUCGAAACGCCUGAGCAGGCCCAGCAGGCGAUAAACUUGCUGAACGGGUUCGAGCUGGAAGGCAGCCGUAUUAAGGUGGAACCGGCGGAUGGUGGAGCACGGGGCGGCCGGCGUGGACGGCCUGGUGGUGGCCGUGGUGGCGGUGCUCCAGGCGCCGGCUCGAGGCCUACCGACUUUCCGCUGCGACUUCUUGUCCAGAGCGACAUGGUCGGAGCGAUAAUAGGCCGCCAGGGCAGCACCAUUCGCCUUAUCACCCAGCAGAGCCGCGCAAGAGUGGACGUGCAUCGCAAGGAUAAUGUCGGCUCGUCGGAGAAGGCGAUCACGAUCUAUGGUAACCCGGAGAAUUGCACCAACGCUUGCAAGCGUAUCCUUGAAGUGAUGCAACAGGAGGCCAAUAACACUAACAAAGGGGAGAUUUGCUUGAAAAUCCUCGCACACAACAAUCUGAUCGGCCGGAUCAUUGGUAAAGGUGGUAACACAAUAAAACGCAUCAUGCAAGAGACUGACACAAAAAUAACAGUCUCAUCCAUCAAUGACAUCAACAGCUUUAACCUAGAACGUAUCAUCACUGUCAAGGGUUCCAUCGAAAACAUGGCGAAGGCCGAGUCACAAAUAUCUGCCAAGCUGCGGCAGAGUUACGAAAAUGAUUUGCAGGUGCUAGCUCCGCAAAGCAUUAUGUUCCCGGGUCUGCACCCGAUGGCCAUGAUGUCGACUCGCUACUGCGGCGCCCCACCACCCUUCCCACCGCCUAUUUACGCGCCCCUCAGCGGCCAAGGCGGCGCGCAGCAGGGCGCUGGUGAUUCGCAGGAGACUACCUACCUGUACAUACCGAAUAACGCCGUGGGAGCGAUAAUCGGCACCAAGGGUUCGCACAUCCGCAACAUUAUUCGCUUCAGCAACGCUUCUGUCAAAAUUGCUCCGCUAGAGCAAGACAAGGGCGAAGGAAACGCCGGAGCUGGAGCCGCCGCUGCGGCUGCUGCUCAGCAAGAGAGGAAGGUGACCAUCGUUGGCAGCCCUGAAGCGCAGUGGAAGGCACAGUACCUGAUUUUUGAGAAGAUGCGCGAGGAGGGCUUCAUGUCUGGCUCUGAUGAUGUGCGGCUCACCGUCGAAAUAGUCGUGGCUUCGUCCCAAGUUGGACGUAUUAUAGGAAAGGGUGGCCAAAAUGUCCGCGAACUGCAACGUGUCACUGGGUCGGUGAUUAAGCUUCCCGAACAAGCUCAGCCGGCAGCUGCGAUCGCUCAGGACCAUGAGACAACUGUCCACAUCGUCGGACCGUUCUACAGUGUGCAGUCUGCUCAGCGGCGUAUCCGCGCGAUGGUGGCUCAAGCGAGCGCGCCGGGUCGGCACCGCCGUGCUGCACAGCCGCCGCCUCCCCAGCAACAGUAGACCGGACACUUUACCCCCCACCGCGCCGACACACCGCCCCUCCCCCCUUUACACCCCAAUACCCACUCGCCCCUCAAUCCACUUGCCUCUUUGCGUUUCGCGCCCUCCCCCUUAGUGCCAGUAGAGCUAGCGUAUUCCACCCACAACAUUAUCGGCCUGAUACGCAUAGUUCGCAACCAGUAAACGGAUACCUGUGCGCUACUGUUCUUUCUAAUAUCGUAAAGCUAUGUCCGCACCCGGUCCCGGCCACCGGUGCGUACACACCUUUACACUAGCUGUCUAUAUAUUUACAUGAUUGUCUGUUUAUUGAUAUAAAUGUUAUAGCGAUAUUAUAAAGAUGGGAGAGUUUGUAAAUAGCAAAGAGUCGUUGUUCAAACUUGAAAUUAGUUCCGCAAGUGAUUUGUCAUAUGUAUUUUACACAUAUGUAGAUAUACACAUAUUUUUUUCAUAUAUUCAUGAAGUAUAUAAUUGUUAGAUUGUUUUACCGUUAUAUAUAUAUCCGACGGUUGAAAUGCAAUAGUGGUCCAUGUUAGGUUCUUAUACAAGUGUUAAGUAGACGAAUCAAUUAUACAGACGCGUAUUAUGUUUUGUUAUUGAGAUAUAGAUUAAUAUGUUACGGUGUGUGGGUCGUACCGACUUUCGCUUUACUGAGGCUUUCCUGAAACGAUUGAUGAAUACUGUUAACGUCUCUACGCGGACUGACGCGCCCCUCGCGCACCAAAUGAUACGUUCCAAGAGAUUUGUACCUCACGGUGAUUGUUGGACGUUGAGGACUUGUGUACGAUUAAUUUAUAAGUGACAUUUGUUGAUCGUUUUCUUUGUAAUUUUGUUAGCUUUAUAACGGUUUUUGUGUCGUCGCGUUUUCGGGGCCGAGCCGGUUCCGGCGUCGACUAACGCGUUGGAAACGCGCCGUCGGCCCGUCGCUUGCCGGCCCCUAGACUAGGUAGAGAACGCGUCGUCGCUUUUGAUGCGAGUGUAGUAUUUGUGUUAUAAUUGUGCCAAGGGAGAUAUAUUGUGAGAUUAAGAAUUAAGUGAAUGAUAUCAAAAUUGGGAAGCUUAGAUGAUUAUAUUUAUGAAUGUGAUAAUAAUAUAUGGAAGUUGUGAAACUACGUUUCACGGUCUAGUUUCGAUCUUGUCAACGUAUGUAAGUUAGUCUAUGUUAGUUAGGUGGCAGCGAGCUCCCGGACACCGAACCAGCUAUCCGUUUGAAGAGUUGCCCGCACCGCUAAACCUAAUGGCGGUCGCGCUGCACUGACGUGUGCUUACGCGACCUUGCCCUGUGUUGUUUUACUUCCACAUAUUAUUAAAUAAUCUCGCAAUUGGCAUAAAUAUCAACAAUUACCGUUCCUCUGCUCCCGACUAGAUAUUCUAUGAAAGAAAUGACUUGAAUACUGUAGCAGGACAGUGACGUCACAUAUUCGAUCGUUACCCGUCGUGCCAGCGCUGCCAAAGACCGGCAGUGCUGAAGAGAAACUCUGUAAAUCCAUCAAUCAAUGUAUCAGUAUUGUUCAGAGUGUACAAAUUGCCCUACCGUACCUGGUACGUAGGCAUCGGACUAACAAUCUAGACGGAAGAACGAAUAUACGUUGUACGAAGGGAGUGCACGUGAGUUGAAACCACGCGCGUAUUCCCUUCUUUAGCAUUGAUUUCGCUGGCUUCGAGGAAACGCUCCGGUGUUGGUCGACGACCCUUCCGCGGAGCCGGCGAUUUCCGGCAUUGUUGUUUCUUGGACGACACAUAUUCGUUUUUCCCCGACCAGUACUAAGAAGCGUACUUAACCGAUAGCCGAGUGAGCCGAGAGCGGGUCAGCGGGCACUAUAUGAACACGCGUCGUUACUCGAACUCCUCCAUCCGAGUGCUCGAACAUUUCCGGUUUUACAGUUGACCACCGAUUGCUUCUGGCGAGGUGUUAUUAAUUUUUAAGUGAUUUGGUAAUUUUUUUGUCGAUAGCGGCGACCGCGCCUACCGAAUAUGUCGCUUGUGUGUGUGUUCGGUAGUGCGGCCUUUGUGUUUUGCCGUACGAGAGACAGAAGCGAUAGGGACGGACAGUGUACAUAUAGGCGUGUUGUUAUUCCUUCCAGGUAAAGCAGGAAUCGUAAUGUUAGCCUCAUUUUCAUUAUGUUCGUGUUUAGCAAGCUGAAAUAGAUUUAGUUUAUUGUAUCGUUGUGAAGUAGUGUUUAAGUUGUGGCGCGCGUGGGCGGGCGGCCCGAGACUGAACUACACCUGCCGCCCUACCCGCGUCGCGCCUCCCCAUAUCCCUAUACUAUGACCAUAUGACAAUUAUCCCAUCCAGAAUCCAUUUAAUUUGACAUUAAUCAUACAAUAUGAUUUUUUUUUUUUGACAUAUCUUAAGUGAUUUUGAAAUAGAACUGAUUCGUUUACAUAUUAAUUAUUAUUGUGUAAUUGAGGAAUUCCUCCCUAUUAAAUCCCAUCAAAUAUAUAAUCAAAAUUACAUGAACUAUAUUAUUUGAUUAUGUGGUUAUAUUCAUUAGUGUAUAACGUUUAUAUUGUGCGAAUCCAUUUACGUGUAUGGUUGAUUGAUGGAUCGUUUAUUGAUGUUUAAGAAUGCUAUGUACGGUGAAAUGUUGGCCAAGGCGGGCCAACUCCGCGCUAUCGUUGCUUCUCAUCACGCUAAGGCCCAAUACAUUAUGUUUAGUUAUUUACAAGCAGCCAAGCAUACCUUUCACACAGUUAUGUACCAAUUAAAGUUUUCUUUGUUAUUUUUAGAGCCAUUUUUGUAAUUGGUAUAAGUUCAGAAACUAAUAACUACCUCAAUUUACUAAAUGAAUGAAGAUUAUUAUGUAUGUGCAUUUUUUGGAACUUCUGAAAUUUCAAUAAGUUUAAUUAAGAAAUAUGAAUGCUAUUUUCAAACAGUAAUGGAUAUUGUCAAAAUUAAGGUUUCUUAAUGUAAUAAAAUAUGAAAAUUUA